AUGGCUCAGAAUGUAGUGUGGAUCCGGCUUGAGGAUAAGACCAGAGCCAAAAAAUUUCCUAUCGUUGACGGGAAUACGAAUCACGAUUUGGAUGACCUUGCGGCAGAGCUCUGUAAAAAGGGACGACUCCAAACUCUCAAGAUUGACCCAGACGAUCUUGAAUUUUUUGGAGAUUACGACAAAAUCGUUGUCAACGCCAAACUUGUGAACGCUCCCACGCAAAUUACCCUUGUCCAUAAUACUGGGGCUUGGAAAAACCUUCUUAUCAAAACCAAUGAGCGCUAUCCUACAACCCAAGACGAGGUUAUCUAUUUUGUGGAUCAAGCGACCAAAAAAAAAGUCAUAGAUGAUGAUUUUACCUUUUUCGACGUGGUAAAAAAAACCAAACUUAACAGCGAAGACGAAAUUGUUCUCGAUCUCGCUGUCAAGAUCGAAGGCAAGAAGGCAUAUGGAGACUGGACAGCCAAAGAAGUUCUCCAUGAUCUCCUUAAGGAUCGAUAUAAAAAACUUGGCGAUUUAUCCGGGCUAGAUAUAGCUCUAACCGAACUCACGCUCGUUGCCAUUGAAGAGAACGAACUCGGAAUUCAAGUGAGCCAAGCUGAAGAAGACCAACCCACAUCCAGUGCUUCCGGAAAUAAGCGAGCCCACUCUGAUGACGAAGAAAAAGGCUUCGUUGCUCUUCUUCAAGAGAUUGCGGACGUUUUCCAGAACAAUGUAAACAAAAAUGAAGCUACAUCAAGGAACUUUAUCAACCCCUUCCUGAUUAAAGGAAUUAAAAAGGUUCAAAGUGAAUAUCCUGAGAUGUUCUUAUCGGUCGAAGAGGAAUUUAAUGGGACUCGUGGAUACGGCAAGCUCGAUUACGCGGUUUGGUAUCUAUCAUAUGCCAUCCUAGUUACGGAGGCCAAAAUGAAUGCGAUCGAAGCGGGAAUAAUUCAAAACCUGGCUCAAUUAUACACUGCAUCAGAGAAUCUCAAACGGAAGCGCGAAUCUCCCAUCUUAUCUAUGAUUUACGGGAUUGUCACCACUGGGACAGCAUGGAUUUUUAUACGUUGGAAAGACGCGUCAGGAUCUGCUGACGUAAAAUAUUCAAAAACGUUCAAUUGUUCUUUUCAUGGCAAGAUGGAAGAAGAGAAAACUAUUCUCGAUAUUAUUGUUCGUAUCCUUCGUUCCCAAGCCAAAGAACUGAAAGAAAAUAUGGAAGCCGAGAUUGGAAACCGCGGGAAGCGUGUUCGAGUAGAUUCUGACACGAAAUUUGCAGAGGAAAAAGACGAUGAUGCUGAAAAAGAAGGCAAUAAUAUAUCUAAAUGA